AAAAACCCACCACCGGCCUCGCCCCCACGACGAUCACGUCCCAGAUCUACCCACCCACGAAGCCAGCCACCAACGCCAUCCGUCGUCAUCCAUCAACGCAGAGGUCCUCCCCGGUCACUCGCUCGUCCUCCCCCGUCCUGCUGCCGCACCGCAUCGCGUACUACGCCGGCCGCGGAGGGGUCGGCGCCAUUGGCGGCUUCGCUCCAACUCCAACUACCCGCCGGGAACCCCGCACCAGCAGGUGUAAACAUGCUUCAUCAUUCAAACAGCCGGAACCAAAGGAACAGGGGAUCAAGAAUCAAAACACUUCUCCAAGCUACCUUACUUGUAGGUGUUAUUUUUUGGCUUCUGUAUCAGGUGAAGCAUUCCUAUGAUAAGAAAAAUGAGUACUUGGAUGAUGCUGAGGACCAGCCUGCCCAUAAUGAUAGAAGCAUGUUCCAGGGGAGGAAAGAAAAGGCAGGUAGUUACAGCGAUAGCAACGUGGAAGUGGUUGGUAAACCAGAGGAAGGUGCUGUAGAUCAUCAUUCGGAUACUUUUGAUCAUAAUGAGAAGGGUGGAGAAAUUGUAUUUGAUAAAGACAGUACUGACUUGCAUGAAGAUGACAAGAGAAACACUGAGCUGCCAGAAGCUGAAAAAGGACAAGUCAAUAGUGCAGAUGGCAAUACUGAAGCUCAUAGUAAUAACAGUGAAGAUGAAACCACUGGUCAUGCAGAAGAAAACAAGCAUGAUACUGAAUCCAACUCUGAUGCUGAAGGUAAAAGUGAAGUCCAUUCAACUGGAGAUGAUAUGUCCCAAAACAAUCAAGCACAAGAGGAAAGCACUGGAGAGACAAGUGGAACAUCUCAUGAUGAAGUGGUGCAAGGUGAUGAAUCCACCAGUGCAAGCGGCAAUGGAUUGGAUGGGGAAGAGGGUGAGAAAAAGGAGACAGUGGGUACUCAAACUGUCUCUGAAUCCCUUCCUGAUGAUACCAAGACCGAAACAAGUGACGACCACAGUACUGGCAGUCUUCCUGAUGAAACAGGGAAUAUACCAUCGCUUCAUACUGAGAAUUCACAAAAUGAUUCUAGUGAAAACCAAGGUGGCGAAGCUUCCACUACCUCUGGUUCUUCUGAGCACGGCACUGGUGAGGCUGUCCAUAUUGAGACUGGGUUAGAAGGUGAAAGUGCAACAGCAUCAUCUGGGACUGGAUCUGGUGAUGAUAAGGGCAGCUCAUCUGAUAACACCUCUGCAGAAGAAAAGACCGGGACUGCAUCUGAUGAUGAUGGGAAGGGUGCAGAAACAGGUACAUUCAAUGAGGCGCCGAAUUCUUUGAACAACAGUGCUGCAACUGACCAGGCCGCAAAUACUGAGGCAGAGAACUCCCAAGGAGGUUCUUCUGGUGAAGGAGUGAAUGGUUCUUCAGAAGAGACGUCUAACAACAGCGAUGGAGCAACUGAAAUGUCUAGCAAUGGUGGGCAGGUGGAUCCCAAGAUUGAAACCAGCACAUCUACCAAUGAUGAGCACAAUGAAUCUCAAGGCGGUGAUGGUGGCUCCGGAUCCAGUGACUCAAAUGGCAGUGGCCCUGAACAAACUGGUAAAACUGAAAGCCAGUGAUGCCACCAUUCGGACACGGAGCAUUGUUUUAGUAUACAGAUUUGUUCCUGGAUAAUGAAGAGGAGCUAGUGCACAUAGAAAAGCUGUUCAGAUUGUGGCUUAUUGCGAUUUUAGUUGAUACUGCCUAAGUACAAUUGUGGCAAUCGGGUGCAGAUUGCGUGAUUGUUUGUCCGCAAUGCUGUUGCUUAUUUCUUAUCAGAUUGUACUCAGGUGCGUCCUUUGCCUGCACGAUUGUUAAUCUCUAUGUGGUACUCUGUUCAUCGUUCGAUGUUAUGACAAGUCUUAUGAAAUUGUGAAUGUAACUGGGGGCGGAACGUCCUUUACCUGGUUUAGUUAUUGCU